UGGCUGCAAGAGAGCCGCGCGCACGCCUCGCCCGCCGCGCCGCCCGCGGGCUCCCGGGUCCCGUCGCGCCGCGAGCGGGGGCUCCCGCAUGUCCCUGCGGCCGCGACGGGGUCGCCCAUGGACGUGAGGGCGGUCGGCAACAACGGCGACGCGAGCCCGCAGUCCAGGCACGAGCAGCAGCGCUUCGAGGAGUGCGGGCUGUGCGCGCUGCGCAACGUGCUGAAGCCACACGGAGGCGGGGAGCUGCCCACGUGGGCCCUGCUGCAGCAGGACGCCCGCGAGAUCGAGGAGGGUGAGGACGCCCUGCUGACCGAGGUGGAGUGCUGCAGGCAAGUGUACAGGAGCAUAUACGACAUGUGCGCCCCUCUUGGCAGCGCCUUGUUCGGUUCCUCCAGCUACGCCUGCUGCUUCGACGCCGAGCCAGAUUCUCGGAGGCGCUGCGACAGCGGGGGGAACUUCGGCGUGGAGGUGCUCAUGCGAGCCGCGGCGCGGCGGCAGGUGAACGGGAACUCUCUGUUGCUGGAGUACUGGGGUGGGCGCCACCGCGAGGACUCCCACGGCCGCGAGCUCGGCUUCAUCUUGGGCUCCGGCAAGCACUGGUGGUGCGUGCGCCGGUGCAGCAAGGGUUCCAGGUGGGAGGAGGUGGACUCCCUCGAGCACGACGCCAGCAGCAAAUGGGGCACGGACGAGGAACUGAGGGCCCACCUCGCGGAUUCUGGGGACACGGUGCUCGUCCUCUACCCCGCCGCCGCGCCUCCGGCGCGGUAGCCCGCGCGCGCGACCGCGUCACGCGGGAGGGCGAGCCGCGCCCCUCCCCCGAGGAGGGCGCCGUGGCCCGUGAGUCCGCGCGGCCCGAGCUGGGGGUGAGCGCCUGUGCAAAGUCCGGGGCGUCGCCAGGGGCGGAAAGAA